AUGGCUCGUCGUAAGGCAGAUCCCGCUCCCAAGAGCAUCCCAAGCAAACGAGUUGGACGAGGGGCAGUCCAAAAAACCAGGCCUCCAAAGAAAACGGAGUCUCCUAUUUCCAACAACAUUCCCAAGCAGAGACUCAACGUCUAUGUCUUUGGCUCUGGUAGCAGUGCAGAGCUCGGGCUUGGACCCAAGAAUGCCAUUAAUGUGAAAAGGCCACGACUGAACACAAACCUCGACGCAGAGAAGGUUGGAGUCGUUAAUAUCAUUGCAGGAGGCAUGCACGCAGCUGCCUUGACCCAUGACAAUCAUAUCCUAACCUGGGGUGUCAACGACAACUUUGCCCUUGGGCGCGAGACCACCUGGGACGGUGGUUUGAAAGAUAUGGACGGCGAUGACGAGUCUGUUGCAAGUGAUGAAGUUGAACUCAACCCACGGGAGGCCAAUCCUACUGCCGUUUCGGAUGACAGCUUCCCAGAAGGCACCAAAUUCUGCCAGGUGACUGCAGGUGACAAUGCUACCUUUGCUUUAACUGAGGAUGGUUUUGUUUACGGAUGGGGUACAUUUGUGACCACCGAGGGAGGACGCGGAUGGUGGAACGGCGAACUUAUCGAAAUGCAACCAGACCCCAUCAGGAUCCUUGGCCUCGAGAAAAUCACCCAGAUCAGCGCCGGUAACAACUUCUGCCUGGCUCUUGACUACAAGGGAAGAGUUUUCUCAUGGGGUCGCCCCGAACAAGACCAGCUGGGCCGUCAUAUUCGAGUUGAUCGCCGCAAGACUGCCGGUAACAAGAAUGCCUCUAUCGACAAAUUACGCAACGAUAUUGGCCUUAUUCCCGGCCUUGUCGCCCUACCCAAGAGCAAGAGAAUCAUUUCCAUUCACGCAGGCAGCGACCAUUCUUUCGCCAUCGACUCCAAUGGGGAUACCUGGACAUGGGGUCUAAAUAACUUUGGCCAAGCUGCUGUUAACGUUGGGGCUGGAAAAGGCGGCAGCACCAUUGUUCGACCACAGAAAGCAACCAUGCUCGUCAGCCAUAAGAUGAAGAUGAUUCAAGGCGGACGUCAUCAUUCAAUUGGCAUCACUCAAGACGGCCAGUGCCUUGUCUGGGGUCGCAUGGACGGCGCUCAAAUGGGUAUUGACAACAGCACUCUACCCCUCGAUGACCCACAGAUCAUUAUCUCUGAACGCGGAAAGCCACGUAUCCUACUCGAGCCCACUCCACUACCAAUCCCAAACUGCACCUUUGCUGCUGCAGGGUCUGAUCAUAAUAUUCUCAUCACUUCCGAAGGAAAGGCUUAUACCUGGGGUAUCAACGCGACUUAUCAAUGUGGCCAGGGUCCUGAUACCGACGAUAUUCUAGUCGCAACCAAAAUCGACAACAUUUCUCUUCGUGAGAAGGUGUUCUGCUGGGCCGGAGCGGGUGGCCAAUAUUCCAUGCUUGCCUCGAUGCACGUACAAGCAUCUACGUGA